AUGGUGGUGAGAUAGAUUAAUGAGAUAAUAAAAAAAUAAUUAGAAAAAGUAAGUAGUUUGGGUUGUAGAAGGUGACGUUUCCUCGUUUUUCAGUUGUGAGUAUCUUCUGACACAUAUAUAACUUUGAUAUAAGAAGCAAGCAACCCAUUUGUUGUUUGUUUAAUCACACAUCCACAUCUCUCUCUCUCUCUCUCUCUCUCUCUAAAGUUAUCUUUGUUUAGUGAGAGAGUAGCUACUUAUCAUCAUCAUCAAAGCUGCUGCAUCAAAUCAUUUGAAAAGGAAGGUCAAAUCAACCACACCCCCAACACACACACACUCACACCUUCCCUCUUUCAUCCAUUCUCAGGUACACACCCCCUCCAUUAUAUAUAUAUACAUAUAGAGAGAGAAACACUAAGAUUUCUUCAUGUUGUCACUUGUCAGCAUGAAGAAAAUGUUUUGAGUUAUAUAUUAUUGGUAACAAAGAGAUAAUAUGUGUGUCAGUGUGUAUGUAUCUUUCUCUCUCUCUCUCUCUAACUUCUUCUGUUUAAAAGGGUUAGAGAGAGAAGCAUGUUGUUGAACUUUUCUUUGAUGUGAUUUUCAGAUAUUGAUGCUGAUGAUGGUGAUGAUGAUGUUGAUAUAGAUACAACAAACGUAUAUAUAUAGAUAUGGCAAGUUACUACAAUGGAAAUUCAGAAAUACAAGGUGGUGAUGGGUUACAGACACUUGUUUUGAUGAAUCCUGGUGGUGGUGGCGGUGGUUAUGUUAGUUAUUCUGACGGCCAACAACCUCAGCCACAGUCUUCGGGGAAUUUCAUGUUUUUAAAUCAUAACCACCACGCGUCUUUACCACACGCGCCACCACCAACCACCCAACAAUUCGUCGGCAUCCCCUUGUCAUCACAAACGCCGGUUUCUAUUCACACCCAACAUGACAUCUCCGGCUUGCACGCCUUCAUGCCACGUGUACACUACAACAUAUACAAUCCUGUGGAGAUGACGGCGGCGGCGGCGCCGCCACCGCAUGACGUCACCAGAUUCCAGCAAGGGCUGUCGUUGUCACUCUCAUCUCAGCAAUCCGGGUUCGGGUCUCAGCCUGCCGGAGUACCCACGGUUUCUCCAACGGACGAAAGCCGAGCUCCUGGCGGCGGUGGUGGUGGUGGUGGCGGUGGUGGUGGAUCGACUCCGUCGGCAUCCGGGGUUUCGAAUGGUGUGAGUAGUAUGCAAAGUGUGUUGUUGAACUCUAAGUACUUGAAUGCUACACAUGAGUUGCUUGAAGAAGUGGUAAAUGUGAGUAAAAGUGUGUUUAACAAUUCGGAUGAGUUUACCAAGAAUCUUAAGAUGACGGCUAGUGGCGACGAUGGAUCUCCGCCCACCAACGCUAGGAGCGGCGAAGAAACCAGUAGCAAACGCGGUGAUGGUCCCGAGCUUACUACGGCCGAAAGACAAGAAAUUCAGAUGAAGAAAGCAAAGCUUGUAAACAUGCUAGAUGAGGUGGAACAGAGGUACCGACAGUACAACAACCAGAUGCAAGUUGUGAUCUCAUGGUUCGAACAAGCAGCCGGAAUCGGGUCUGCGAAAACCUACACAUCACUGGCACUUCAGACGAUUUCGAAGCAAUUUCGGUGCCUAAAAGACGCGAUUAUGGGGCAGAUCAAGGCCGCGAGCCGGAGCUUAGGAGAGGAAGACAAUGUUGGUGGUGCUGGAAAGAGUUCGGGCAGCGGUUCACGGCUGAAAUUUGUCGAUAAUCAGCUCCGGCAACAGCGGGCUUUACAGCAAUUAGGAAUGAUCCAACACAAUGCUUGGAGACCACAAAGAGGAUUGCCGGAACGCUCUGUUUCGGUUCUUCGUGCUUGGCUGUUUGAACACUUUCUCCAUCCUUAUCCAAAAGAUUCGGAUAAACAUAUGCUGGCAAAACAAACUGGACUCACGAGAAGUCAGGUUUCAAACUGGUUUAUAAAUGCUAGAGUUCGGCUAUGGAAGCCAAUGGUAGAAGAGAUGUACUUGGAAGAAUGCAAGGAACAUGAACAGAACAGAUCAGAAGAAAACAAAGCAAGCAAAAGCGAACAAAGUGACGAUAAUCCAUCAUCGUCAAAACACAGGAAAAGCCUGUCACCAGAGAGUUCAAAGCGAGGAUUUAACCAUCCUCCGCCACCCCAAAUGACGGUUUCCACCACCGUCUCCACCUCGCCCACCGCCAACAGAAUCAACUUCCAAAAUGCAUCCGGUUUCACCCUUGUUAACUCGUCACAAAUGGAAGGAAUCACGCAAUUCAGCCCUAAAAAACCACGAAACAACGAAAGACAACAACUUCAACAGCAGCAGCAGCAGCAACAGCAGUCAGAGGUAGGUUUUACCAUAUUGGGAAACCCAACAGAUUUCAUGGGGGGUUUAGGAGGUUACCCAAUAGGCGAAAUAGGGCGGUUUACGACUGAACAGUUUCAACCACCGUAUUCUAGCAACACUGUGUCUUUAACUCUCGGUCUUCCAGACUGCGAUAACUUAUCAAUGUCAAGAGCUCACCAGAGUUUCCUCCCGAACCAAAACAUUCAACAAUCUAACGAAUUCGAAGCGAUGAAUCAAGCGUCUUCAUCACACUCAACAGCCAUGUAUGAGACCAUGAACAUUCAGAACCAGAAAAGGUUUGCAGCUCAGCCAUUGCCUGACUUUGUUGCUUAAUUAAUUAGCAUGGUUAGUUGGAUCAAUCAUUUAUGAUUGUGAUGAAGAAGAAGAAAUGUUAUUAGAACAUGCAUGCAGGUCCUCUAUAUACUUUGAAGAACAAGACCAUUGAAGUUCUUUAUAGAUAUAGAAUAGGGUUUAUAGAUUAUAUGAUGAGAUGUAUAUUAAUUUUGUACCAGGAGAUGGAUAGAAUGGAUUGGUAUAUUGUAUUUAUCAUGUAUGUAUUUAAAAUUAGGUAUAUCUUUGGAUGGGGUAUACAAAAUCAAUAUUUAUAAUUAACAAUAAAUCUUAUAUUUACGUUU